AUGGCACGAAAGUUGCGGUUCUUCAAAGAUCAAAUGUCAAAGGCGGGUACCACAUGGUCAUUAAAUAUCUUUUUCAAUCAAUAUCAGUCUUCAUCUUCUUUAUAUUCUGCCAUAUCAAGUGAUGGAAAAUUUAGUCCUAUGUCAUUGUCUGGAGGUGAACAUCGAGGGUAUUUUGGUCUUUUAAAUAAAAAGUGGACUGUGUGCCACCUGGACCUCGUGCUGGUGAAUUCAGUCGUAUGUCAUUGUCAGAAGGUGAAUUCAGUCCCAUGUCAUUGUCAGGAGGUAAAGAAAGGUGGAAUGCCACCUGGACCUCGUGCUGGUUUCUCUAUGUGUGUACAUAAAAGCGGACUAGGUUAUUUGGUGAAGUUUUUGACAUGGAGGCUGAAGGAAAUUGCUAGACAAUUAUUUCAUCAGACAUCUCUAGAACUCAACUUCUUGUCUGAUGUCGCAGUUGAUUGGUUGGCACAUCCUGAUCAACCCUCCAUAACCUUCACAACUUCCAACUUUAAUCCACUACUUAGCGGUGAAGGUGGUGGUGGUCCUAUUCCUUUUGAUCUUUCAUUGCCUAUUGCUAAACAGGUUUCACAAUAUAUAGAAGGGUGUUGGAUUCAAAAGUUUAAAGAAAGCACAUACACAUUUCCUGAUCCUAGUAAGAAUGAUGAUGGUAGUAUAGGAUAUUCGGUUCUUCCCAACAACACUUGUCAGCAUGCUGCUCCAACCUUUGUCAAUUUAAUGAAUGAUGUAAUUCUUAGGCUUGCUACACAUAAUGGGAAUAUGACCAUACAAACACGUAAUCAUCCAAUGCCAAUGACAGAAAGUCAACACCUGCAACAUCAAGACCUGGAUGCAUUCUCUUUAACUAUUGUUGUGUAUUUAAAUAGUGAUUUCAUUCGUGCUUCAUUUGUUGUUCCUAUUGUGAAGGUGACAAUGGAUCAUAGGCCUCCAUUCCUCACACUUGGGAGACCAGCUGCCUUUUAA